UGGCCGCGGUGGCAGCAGCUCUGCUCCCGAGCGCGGCGGCGGCGUCCGUGGCGGCGGCGGCGGCGAGGCGGCGAGGGGGACCGGCCCGGCAGCACUGAGCCUGGCACCGCCUGCCUGCGAGCGGACGAGCCGAGAGCGAGCGGGAGAGACGGAGAGAGGCGCUGCGGCCCCCCCCUCCCCCCGCCGCCCCCGCGCCCUACCCCAGCGAGACCGACCGAGCGACCGACUCUGCCCGCGACGCUGCUGCUGCGGCCCCCUGGGGAGACGCUGCUGCCUCAGCCUCCCGCCUCCCCCCGGGGGCGCGGGCGCCCGGCCCCCCGCUGCUGCGGCCCCCCGAGAGGCUCCGCCGGCUCCCUGGGAGGAGACGGCGGGAGCCCGCGGGAUCUCUCCUCCGGCCCCUGGAUCCCCCCCGAGGGCGAGGCGGACGGACAGACAGACCGUUGGGUUUCCCCACUCCCCCUUUCGGGUUCCGUCCCCCCUCCCCACCACCACCACCACCCCCUUCUUCCCCGUGAAAGACUUUGCUGGAUCCUCCUCCUCGGAUCCCCUCCCCGCGCUCGCUCCUUCCUGCGGGAGAGACUGCUGGAUCCUCCUCCUGCGAGAGAGGCCGCCGGAUCGCCGCGCCCGGGUCCCUGCCGGAGAGGCCGCCGGAUCCUCCUCCUGCGAGGGGCUGCUGCGGGUCCCCCCCCCCCCCGCGGAUCUCCCCGUGAGAGAGACUCGCUGGGAUCCUCCUCCCGCCCGGAUCCCCAUGAGACUCCGGAUCCCCCCCGCGGCUCCGCUGUUCUGGAGGGGGGAGUCCCACUUAAACUGUUUUCUGGGGCCUCAUUUCUCUUCUUAAUUUGCACUUUCUGAAACCCUCAGAUGCUCCUCCAUGUGGACUGAGAAUCCAUCCAGGCACACACACGAGAACUCAUCCCGGUCAACUCCAGAUCCUGGCUUUCGUGGGCUUUGCUGCAACACAUAAAGCAAACUUGUAUUUAAGACACACAGUCGUGCAAAAAUUUAGCUGGGGACUUAACGUGUAUUUUGUCUUGGUUUCUUGAUCAUCUUGGUUUUUUUGUUUUUUGUUUUUUUUUUUGUUUUUGUUUUUUUUUUUGCUUCACUGGAAAUCAAAAGCUUGUUUUGGAAUUGGACCUGCCUUUGCUGCACUUCUCCUCUGGGCUGGAUAACACUGAAGCUCUUUGCUUUUCCACUUGGAUAGUGUUUUCCUGUUGAUCUGUUGUUUUUAUCCUGUGUGGCAGACCUUUUUUUUUUAUUUUAUUUUUGAGGGGGGUAAACAAACGACAACAAAAAAAAACUAAUUUUUUGGCCGUGUGAGAUUUUUUUCGUAUUCAGAUUUGUGAAAUUACGGGUACACUUAAAAAAAAAAAAAAAAAAAAAGCAUUAAAUAAAAAAGGAACACGUCAGAGAGACCCCUACACGGUAGACAAAAUACUCACUUGUUUCCUUACAGCAAGACUGAAUCGAAAGCUGCCAAAGAGCCCCAUAAAGAAAAGACUAAAAGGGAGAAAGAACAAGAAACACAAGAAGAGGAACAUUUGAUGGAAGAAAAGAAAAAGAAAAAGCAGGAAGAAAAGAAAAAGAAGGAAGGUGCUCAGAAAAAGGCUGCUGAACAAAAAACCAAAGUGCCAGAACCUAUUAAGACCAGUUUAAGCCAGCCCCAACCUGCCGGUAGCGGUACCAGUACUUCCACCAGCACUAUCACCAACAGCAGCAAUGGCAAGCGGGCACCCGCGAGCGGGCAGCAGCCGGCUGCCUCCCGCUACCUGCCUCGAGAGGUGCCUCCGCGCUUCCGCCAGCAAGAACAGAAGCAGCUCUUAAAGCGGGGCCAGCCGCUGCCCACGGGGACGCUCGCUGGCACCAGCCCAGCCCAAGGGGCCGGGCAAGCAGGGGCGAGCCCUCCUCCGCAGCCGGGAGCCGCCGGACAGCAUCAUCCCGGUAAGACCCAACCAGAUCUCAGUCACAGUGGAUUGGGAGACCAUUAUGAGAAUUCCCACUGGGGACAGCAGCCCACUUUCCGGAGUGACGGCAACUGCAGCUGGGAUAAAGUGAUAAUAGACAGGACUGACAAGGAAGCGUGGCCUUCCAUUACAGGAGCUGAGACUGAAUCUGCCUCAGAAUGUACUACAGACACUGACUCUGCCUCCAACUGUGGCUCAGAGAACAGUAGCAUGGCUACAGGGAGUGCCCAAGGCAACUUCACUGGACAUACAAAGAAAACUAAUGGCAAUAAUGGCGCCAAUGGAGCACUCGUCCAAAGCACUUCUAACCAGAGUGCCCUUGGAGCUGGUGGAGCAAAUGGUAAUGGAAACUCAGCCAGAGUGUGGGGUGUGGCUGCAGGCUCUAGCUCUGGCCUAGCUCACUGCUCUGCCAGCGGUGGGGAUGGAAAGAUGGACAACAUGAUUGGAGAUGGUAGAAGUCAAAACUGCUGGGGUGCUUCCAACUCAAAUGCUGGCAUUAAUCUUAACCUUAACCCUAAUGCCAAUCCAGCUGCCUGGCCUGUACUUGGACAUGAAGGAACUGUGGGAGCAGGCAACCCUUCCAGUAUUUGCAGUCCAGUCAGUGCCAUAGGUCAGAACAUGGGCAACCAGAAUGGGAACCCGACAGGCACCUUAGGUGCCUGGGGAAACUUGCUGCCGCAAGAGAGCACAGAACCACAAACGUCCACUUCUCAGAAUGUGUCUUUCAGCGUACAACCUCAGAACCUUAACACUGAUGGACCAAAUAACACUAACCCCAUGAACUCUUCACCAAACCCUAUCAAUGCAAUGCAGACAAAUGGACUGCCGAACUGGGGCAUGGCUGUUGGUAUGGGGGCCAUCAUCCCGCCCCACCUGCAAGGCCUUCCUGGUGCUAAUGGAACAUCAGUUUCUCAAGUCAGUGGGGGCAAUGGUGAAGGAAUGGGCAGUUCAGUGUGGGGGAUGUCCCCAGGUAAUCCUGCCACAGGAAACAGCAAUUCUGGGUUCAGUCAGGGGAAUGGAGACACUGUGAACUCAGCAUUAAGUGCUAAACAAAAUGGAUCCAGCAGUGCUGUGCAAAAGGAAGGAAACGGAGCAAGUGCAUGGGAUUCGGGGCCUCCCUCUGGUCCUGGGGUACUAGCAUGGGGCAGGGGCAGUGGCAACAGUGGUGUUGGUAGUAUGCAUUCUGGAGCUUGGGGCCACCCCAACCGUAACACUAGCAAUGGUGUAAAUGGUGAAUGGGGCAAGCCCUCAAACCAGCAUUCCAAUAAUGACAUCAAUGGGAAAGGAUCAACAGGGUGGGAUAGCUCUAGUGUUACCAGUCCGAAUCCUGCCAUGCAGCAGGGCAAUGAACAAAUGAACUCUUGGGCCAAAGCUGCAGCAUCUGGCACCACAGCUAGCGAAGGAAGUAAUGACAGCGGUGGAAGUCAAAAUGAAGGCAGUACCGGGAGGGAGGGGGCUGGAGAAGGCAGGAGGAGAGACAAAGGGAUGAUAGACCAAGGGCAAGUUCAGUUGCCAAGAAAUGACCUUGACCCCAGGGUCCUGUCCAAUACAGGGUGGGGACAGACCCCUGUAAAGCAAAACACUGCCUGGGAAUUUGAAGAGUCCCCAAGGUCUGAACGAAAGAAUGACAAUGGAACAGAGGCCUGGGGUUGUGCAGCUACUCAAUCUUCAAACUCAGGGGGGAAGAACGAUGGGUCCAUCAUGAACAGUACAAAUACCUCUUCAGUAUCUGGGUGGGUCAACUCUCCACCUGCAGCUGUUCCAACAAAUACAGGUUGGGGAGACAGUAACAACAAAGCACCAAAUGGCCCAGGGGGAUGGGGAGAGUCAGCAAGCUCUACUACUGUUAAUAAUGCUGCUGCUGCCAAAAGCGGCCACGCUUGGAGUGGGACCGCAAAUCAGGAGGACAAAUCACCUACCUGGGGUGAACCUCAGAAACCCAAAUCUCAAAACUGGGGAGAUGGACAGAAAUCAAAUCCAAGCUGGACUUCGGGAGGUGGAGAUUGGGCAGAUUCAUCAUCUGUUCCUGGACACUUGGGUGAUGGGAAGAAGAAUGGAUCUGGAUGGGAUUCUGACAGUAGAUCAGGAUCUGGUUGGAAUGAUUCCACAAGGUCUGGGACCAGUGGGUGGGGAAAUGGCACAAACAACAAGGCUAAUACAGGUACAAGUUGGGGCGAAUCUUUAAAACCAGGCCCCCAACAAAAUUGGGCUAAUAAACCCCAGGACAGCAAUGUGAGUAACUGGGGAGGAGCUGCUUCUGUCAAACAGACGGGGUCGGGGUGGGUUGGUGGGCCAGUGCCAGCCAAACAAAAAGAGAACUGUGAGGCAACUGGCUGGGAAGAGCCAUCUCCACCGUCCAUUCGCCGCAAGAUGGAAAUCGAUGAUGGUACCUCAGCUUGGGGCGACCCAAAUUACAACAACAACAAGACUGUAAACAUGUGGGAUAGAAAUAAUCCUAUAAUUCAGAGCAGUACCACAACCAAUACCACCACCACUAGCACCAUUAUCAACACAAAUAUGGUUGAAUCUCAGCCAUCACACCAGUCAAGUGCCCAGCCGAACCGGUCCCCGCUGCUUGGUCCAGCAGGCUGGGGCGAAAUGCCUACUGUCCACACGAAGACCGAAGCUUCUUGGGGAGAGCCGUCCUCCCCUUCUGCUGCAGUUGAUAAUGGCACUUCGGCGUGGGGGAAGCCCCCCAGCAGUGGUACGGGGUGGGGAGAUAAUCCUGCCGAGCCGGCAGGGACGUACGGAAGAACAGCCGCUCCAGCUGCUGCCCCAGCACUGUGCAAACCAGCUUCAAAAUCUAUGCAAGAAGGCUGGGGCAGUGGUGGGGAUGAAGUGAAUCUCAGUACUAGUCAGUGGGAAGAUGAAGAAGGAGAUAUGUGGAAUAAUACUGCUUCUCAAGAGAGCAGCUCCUCCUGCAAUUCCUGGGGGAAUGCCCCAAAGAAAGGACUUCAAAAGGGCAUGAAGACAUCUAGCAAGCAAGAUGAGGCCUGGAUCAUGAACCGUCUGAUAAAACAGCUCACAGACAUGGGCUUCCCUAGAGAGCCAGCGGAAGAGGCCUUGAAGAGCAACAAUAUGAAUCUCGAUCAGGCCAUGAGUGCUCUGCUGGAAAAGAAGGUGGAAAUGGACAAGCGUGGAAUGGGAGUGACCGACUACAAUGGAAUGGUCACCAAACCCCUUGGCUGCCGCCCACCACCAAUCUCCAAAGAGUCUUCCAUGGACCGCCCCACCUUCCUCGACAAGCUCACCCUUUGUUUCUCCAAUCAGGAUGGCGGCCUAGUGGAAGAGCCCACUACUUCACCAUUUUUGCCUUCACCAAGCCUGAAGCUCCCCCUUUCAAACAGUGCACUCCCUAAUCAGACCCUGGGCGGGAUUGCCUCAGGGCUGGGCAUGCAAAACUUGAAUUCUUCUAGACAGAUACCGAGUGGCAAUCUGGGUAUGUUUGGCAAUAGCGGAGCAGCACAAGCCAGGACCAUGCAACAGCCGCAGCAACCGCCAGUGCAACCUCUUAAUUCAUCCCAGCCUAGUCUUCGUGCUCAAGUGCCUCAGUUUCUAUCCCCUCAGGUUCAAGCACAGCUUUUGCAGUUUGCAGCAAAAAACAUUGGUCUCAACCCUGCACUAUUAACCUCGCCAAUUAAUCCUCAGCAUAUGACGAUGUUGAACCAGCUCUAUCAGCUGCAGCUGGCGUACCAACGUUUACAAAUCCAGCAGCAGAUGUUACAGGCUCAGCGUAAUGUUUCCGGACCCAUGAGACAACAGGAGCAGCAAGUUGCACGUACAAUCAAUAACAUGCAGCAGCAGAUCCAGCAGCACCAGCGCCAGCUGGCCCAGGCCCUGCUUAUGAAGCAGCAGCCUCCCCCUCCACAUCUAUCUUUGCACCCCUCUGCAGGCAAAUCAGCCAUGGAUAGCUUUUCACCCCAUCCCCAGGCUCCCGGCCUACCUGACCUGCAGACCAAAGAGCAACAGUCUUCACCGAACACCUUUGCUCCUUACCCUCUUGCUGGACUGAACCCGAACAUGAAUGUAAAUAACAUGGACAUUACUGGUGGUUUGUCAGUGAAGGACACUUCUCAGUCCCAGUCUCGCCUUCCUCAGUGGACACACCCCAACUCAAUGGAUAAUCUGUCUAGUGCUGCUUCUUCGCUUGACCAGAACUCCAGCAAGCACGGUGCUAUCCCUGGAGGUUUAAGUAUUGGUCCUCCGGGAAAGUCCUCCAUUGAUGACUCUUAUGGCCGGUAUGAUCUGAUCCAAAACAGUGAGUCGCCAGCCAGUCCACCUGUAGCUGUUCCACACAGCUGGUCACGUGCCAAAACUGAUAGUGAUAAAAUUUCCAAUGGCUCCAGCAUAAACUGGCCACCAGAAUUUCAUCCAGGAGUGCCAUGGAAAGGACUGCAGAACAUUGAUCCUGAAAAUGACCCUGAUGUUACUCCUGGAAGUGUUCCGACUGGGCCCACCAUAAACACCACCAUACAGGAUGUUAAUCGCUAUCUUCUCAAGAGUGGAGGGUCAUCCCCAACAUCAUCUCAGAAUGCCACGCUGCCUUCAUCGAGUGCCUGGCCGCUUAGUGCCUCCGGCUACAGUAGCUCUUUCAGCAGCAUUGCAUCCGCACCUAGCAUUGCAGGUAAAUUGUCAGACAUCAAGUCGACGUGGUCCUCUGGCCCAAUCUCCCACACACAAGCCUCCUUAUCCCAUGAACUAUGGAAGGUACCCAGAAACACUACUGCUCCGACAAGACCUCCUCCAGGCUUAACAAACACCAAGCCGUCGUCUACUUGGGGUGCCAGUCCACUGGGUUGGACCAGCUCUUACUCCUCCGGUUCUGCAUGGAGUACUGACAGCUCAGGAAGAACAAGCAGCUGGCUGGUUCUUCGAAACCUCACACCCCAGAUCGAUGGUUCCACACUGCGGACACUGUGUUUGCAACAUGGCCCUCUAAUAACAUUCCACCUGAACCUGACACAAGGGAACGCUGUGGUCCGAUACAGUUCCAAGGAAGAGGCAGCCAAGGCCCAGAAAUCUCUGCAUAUGUGCGUCCUGGGAAACACUACCAUCCUGGCCGAGUUCGCCGGCGAAGAGGAGGUGAACCGCUUCCUGGCGCAAGGGCAGCCGCUGCCGCCCACCUCGAGCUGGCAGUCGGGCGGCGGCGGCCAGGGGCGCCUGGGCUCCGGCGGCGGCGGCGGCGGCGGCCACGGGCUGGUGCGGGGCGACGGCGGCGGCGGUCACUGGCCGGCGCCCUGCCUGGGCGGCAAGGGCAGCAGCGACCUGCUGUGGGGCGGCGUGCCCCAGUACUCCAGCAGCCUCUGGGGCCCCCCCAGCGCCGACGACGGCCGCGUCAUCGGGAGCCCCACGCCGCUGAACACGCUGCUCCCCGGGGACCUGCUCAGCGGCGAGUCCAUCUAGGAGAGCAGACGCCACGCCACGGCAGAUACAAUCAUCAGCACUAAAGGAGAAAACAAAACAGAGCAACAACAACAAAAAUAAAUAAAAAAAAUUAAAAAAAUCGGAACCCUUUCCAGUCCCGGGCUUGGCGAAGAAUCCAGCUUUAACAGAUCGGACUGGCAGCCCUUUUUUUCGUACCUCUGUCCAAUAUCGAAGAUGAGACUGCAGAAGCCCUUGUGAACUGUUAAGGCAACAGUAUGGGCAACUUUUGGUCAGUGUCCCAUGCUAAUGACAGGUUUUAAUUUUUUUUUUCAUGGCUUUUUUUUUUUGGUUUUGUUUUGUUUCACAUUGUCUUUUUAUGUUCGUACGGUGAUAUUUUACAAACCAAGUAUAAAAGCUGCUUAGAAUAGGUCUAUCAUGAAGGGCACUUUUGAGAAGUUGGGCUGGAAAGGGUUAUCUUGUCGACGCGGGAUGGGGAGGGAAGGGGGGAGAGAAAAAGCCUAUUUAAAAAUGAGCCUGUGACUAUUAUGCACAUUACCAGGGGCGAACCCAGUAAUCAGAGAGAGUGAAGUGUGAUAUUUAGCGCUGGUACAGCAGAGGAAGGAAUCCGAAUGGUAACUAUUGACUGUACAGGUUGAACAGGGGGGAGGGAAGGGGGGGGGGUCAGGGUAUCUAUCUCUGUGUCCACUACUCCCAUGGAUCUGCCUAUGCACAUUACCCUUGUUUCAUUACUUUUUUUUCCAUGCCAUUUUUUUUAAUCCCAAAAAUCUAAAAAGUUAAAAAAAAAAAAAAACAAAAAAAAAAAAAACAAAAAAAAAAAACAUAUCAAACAUGCAAAUACUUGAAUCCAGCAGGCCAAUAACAAAAUGUGAACACUUUCUAAGUCUAAUUAUUACACUUCCAGGUUGGCAUCAGUACACAAAAAACAGGCUCUAAGAUUUUUUUUUUUUUUUUUUUUCAAUUCAGACUAUAUGUUUUGUUGGGACAGACGUGUGUAUGUGCGUGUGCUUGUGUGGGCGUUUGUACGUGUGUGUGCGCGCACCCAUGCGUGAUUCAACUAAAAGUGUGAGUUUUUUCCUUUUAUUCAGUAUAUGCUUUUUAUUUGCUCAUUGGUCAAAUGUUUAAUUGUUAUUAGCUUCUAACUUUGCACUGAGUGUCCGCAGCCCUUCUUGUAGCUAAUCCUGUAAUGUUAAAAAGAAAAAAAGGAAAAAAAAAAAGAAAAAAAAAAAGAAACAAACUGAUAGAAGGGGCCGGCGACAAUUCACGUGUAAAUGUUUACUCAAGGACUCUUAUCGCAUUUUAAAAAUUACAGUGUGUAUCUCUGGAGAAUAAUAUGUAUAUCUACCUUUAGCGGCUUUUUAUUGUGGACUAAUGCAAGAAAAUUAUUACCGGAGUAUUGCACCGUUUUUUCCAUUCGGAAUAUAAAGUUUAAAAAAAAAAUACUCUUGUUGAACUGUGGCCAUAGAUAAAUGUAAAGAGUGGAUAGUUCCCUUGCAAGCAGGAACAGAAACAAGCACUUGGACAUAGGUUUUGACUGCUUUUGGAGGAGCCAGGAGUUUUGGCUCCCACCUGUUUACAGACCUUUUUUUCUCCUUCAAACUUUAAAAUAAAAAAAAGGAAUUAAAAAAGAAAAAAAAAGACAAAAAAAAAAAGACUUCCAUCGUAAAGAAAACUAUUUUCAGAAUGAAGAUAUGCUACUUCAGAGCUCUGGGAUUGAACAGUGUUGUUGUAUUAUUCUUUUCUUUGCCCAUUGCUGUGUACUAUUUUUGUUGUUGUUUUCCUCCUCUUCGUCAAAGUGGCGAAAACUUUGUGAUCACUAUCUUGCACAUGGUGGAAGAUGUCUCAGGAAAGCCGGGUUUCCCGAGGAGCAACUCCACACCAUUUCAUGUAUUUUUAAAACCCAACUCCUAGCACUGAAGAUAUUAUUAAAAAAACAAAAUAAAAUAAAAAAAGACAGUAAGAAAGAAGAAAAUACCUAAUCUAAUGUGUAGCAGUUACAUAUUUACCAAAUAAUGGACUCAAAAGAAAUAGAUGUUUGAAGAGUGCUUUAUAUAUUAAAAAAUUGCUUUAUGUUUAAAAAAAAAAAAAGAUCAAUGUUUUGAUUGUUUUGAAAGGAAGAAAGACAAUGGAAUAACAUACACUUCAAGUAUGUUUUAAAAAAUUAUAUGAACAUUGUGCUCCCUGCCUGCUUGGAUCAGGAAACUUGUGCAUUACAUUUUUUUUUUUUUUUUUUUUGGAAAAUUAGCUUUUUAAUGGUUUUAUCAGAUUUAAAGGGUCCUGCAAGAUUGCAAAUUAACAAAAGCUGGUUUUAUAGAGGAUCAUGAACUAUGCACAAACUGGGUUCAAGACUUGUUUUCUUUUUCUCAAGUUUUAGUAGUGUAUUUAGCUGAAUAACCUUUCCUCAGAGUAAUUGCAUCUCAUUGCCAUUACACGCCUCCUACAUAUAUAUUUUAUAUAUAUAUAUAUAUACACACACACACUCUUAUAUAAAAUAUGUAUGUGUGUAUGUGCGUGUUUACAUACAGUUUUCCAUGCUGAAGUUUAGCAUUGAGUUGUAGAAAAACUCCUGAUAUAUUAAAAUUGGAGGUGAAAGUUGAAAUUUCUGUUUAAGGGUUUACGGGGGGUUGGGUUUGGGGCUUUUUUUUUUUUUUUUUUUUUUUUUUUGCCUUUCCUUUUGGAUUAAACAUGUCUGUAACUCUGAGAUUUAAAAAAAAUGUGGCUUUUAAUGUUAUUUCUCCUCAUAGAAUGUGAUUGUUAACAUGCACCGAACGUUGCUUUCAAGAGUACGAAGAUUCUUUGAAACUUAAUAAAUUGCAGUUUUUUCUUGGCUGUUCAAAUAA